AUGGCAGAAAUAAAAAAAAAAUACAAAAAUUUGACUCAAGAAGUUGUACUUAUGUAUUUAAAAUUUUGCGGACCUUGUCAAACAAAACUGUCAUCUAAACGAAAAGGCCUUGUAGUUAAACCAAUUAUUCAUUCAGAAAUGAAUAGUCGUUGCCAGGUGGAUCUUAUUGACAUGCAAUCGCAGGCCGAUGGUGAAUUUCGAUUUAUUAUGGUUUACCAAGACCAUUUAACAAAAUUUGUUCAGUUACGGGCUUUAAAGUCAAAAACGGCCGAAGAAGUAGCGAACAAUAUUUUGGAUAUAUUUUGUAUUUUUGGAGCACCGGUAAUUUUACAAUCCGACAAUGGGCGAGAAUUUGUCAAUAAAAUUAUAAACGACUUAAAAAUUAUGUGGCCUACGCUAAAAAUCGUGCACGGUAAACCGCGCCAUAGCCAAAGUCAAGGUAGCGUGGAAAAGGCCAAUUUAAGAUAUACAAAAUAUGUUGAUCACUUGGAUGCAAACUAA